GCAUACUGUUUUUUAUUCAGCAGAAAUGGCAGCUCAGCAUGUCAAGCCUAACUUAAGCCAGCCUCAGGUCACUGAGUUGGUGAAGAGGCUCUACAGGCUGACACCAUCAGAAAUCCGCUCUCUGCCCAGCUACGAUGACCAGAACUUUUAUGUGGCGGCUGUGGAGGGUGGCGAGUACGUCCUGAAGAUCCUAAACUCAGACGACAGUAAAAACUACAACACGAUCGAGGUGCAGACGUACGCCAUGUCCUUCCUGAAGGAGAAUGGACUUCCUGCCCAAACGGUGCUGCCCACCGUCUCGGGACAGCUCAUGAGCCUGGAAGAAAUGGAUUGUGGCUAUGGGUGUCAGAAGUACCUGGUGCGGCUAUUGACUUAUCUGCCUGGAGCUACAAUAUCUAAGGCUCGAGUAACACCACAGUUACUGUAUGAAACCGGCAAGACAGCAGCCAGAAUGGACAAAAUCCUACAAGAGCUGGAGCACCCUCAUCUGGGUUUACUGCAGAGAGAGACUUUCAUUUGGAGUCUGUCAUCGGUUCCCCUCCUGGAAAAAUACACCCACGUGUUGGAUGGAGAUCCUCUACAGGAAGUUGUGAAGUCUGUUAUUCAUCAGUUUAAAACAUCUGUGGUCCCCAAAUACUCCACUUUCCGCAAGUGCAUUAACCACGGUGACUUCAAUGACCUCAAUAUUCUUGUCCAACCUGAUGAGACUGACGGCUACAGGAUUUCUGGCAUCCUUGACUUUGGAGACAUGAACAGUGGCUACUACAUCCAUGAGCUGGCCAUCGUUAUAAUGUACAUGAUGAUAGAGCACCCUAAUCCCAUCGAGGUGGGUGGACAUGUCCUGGCGGGUUGGGAAAGUGUCCUUCCCCUGAACGAGGCAGAGAAAGACUGUCUCUUUGUGCUGGUGCUGUGCCGCUUCUGCCAGUCGUUGGUUUUAGCUCGUUACUCAGUGACCUUGCACCCAGAAAAUGCAGAUUAUCUGAUGAUUACCUCCAAUAAGGGCGUCAAGAUUGUCCAUCAAAUGUGGGAGCUCGGAAAGGAGCAGGUGGAGAAGGUGUGGUUUCAGAGUGCUGCUCAGAUCAGUGACAGAAAGUGAGAGGUAUUUAGGGAAAGCCAUUUACAAAUAACACUCGAUUG